ACCAAGUUGCUUGUGCUCUAUCAUCUUCUUUCUUUCUUCCUCCUUCCUCCUUCCUCCUUCGUCCAUUUCUUUGGGCUUUUGGGUUCACCGUCUUGAAAGAGUUUCAACAAAUCCAAUCCCACAUCCACCGCCAUUCAACGCAACUUCCCCAACUCCUUCCAACAACUCUGCAAAUUCCAACUUCGCUUAUCCAAGCUCUUUUCGCGGCUUCUAUCUGGAUAUCAAUGUUGAGCACUUGUGCAGUUUCAUCUUCACCUUUGCCCAUAUUACCACCGGUGAGAACAGGUGGUCAGCACAACAAGAGGAAUAUUGUUUCUUCAGAUAACUUUCCAGGACGACCGCGGACGACUUAUAGUUCAAGAUCAUUGAAGCCUACUUAUACACAGUUUCCAUUUGGUACGAGAGCAUGUUCUGCUCGGACUGCAACUUUUAUAUGUGCUGCAGCUUUGAAUGCAAGAUGUGGUGCAGAGCAAACUCAAACUGUUACUCGCCAAGCUCCAACAAUGACUCACGUUCCUGCGAAGGAGAAGUCACCACAACUUGAUGAUGGAGGAACUGGAUUUCCACCUGGCGACGAUGAUGAUGGCGGCGGUGGAGGUGGUGGUGGUGGAGGCAACUGGUCUGGUGGAUUUUUCUUUUUCGGGUUUCUUGCUUUUCUUGGAUUCUUAAAGGAUAAGGAAAGUGAAGGUGACGCAUACAAGAGUAGUAGGAGGAGGUGAGGAUUAGAAUCAGACCAAUGCAUGCUUUGCUUGAAGGUUUUGGUACUGAAUUUCUUGGAAUUUCCCUCCUCAUAGUGACUGUAGGUUAUAUUGGUUAGCUGGUGUAUUGAGCUUCAAUUAUAUGCUUCAUUAUGAUGAUAUGAUGUAUGCUACCAAAAUUUUGUAUUAUUAUUACAAAUUAAACUCUCCUUAAAACUUCACAAUGGUAAGGUCUCUAGUGGUUAUGUUUUCAGCGCCAGUAAAAAUUUCCCAAUUGCUAGCAUGCAAAUAGGAACGGGGUAGAAGUUUGGCUUUUUAGAUGGUAUGCUUGGAUUGUAGAUAAAAGUUGGGUGGAGAUUUUUUAUGGAUUGGAGUCGUCUUCAUGUGCAAAUUAACACGUCAACUUAUUUGCAAAAAUUUCUACUACAUUUUUUGAUUUAGUUUCUCACUGCUACCAAUAAGGGUUGGUGGUUUUUUUCCUAGGGCUACUGUAAAAAGCCACUCUAAUUCUUGGUUGAAACCCAACUCAAACCGAAUGUGAAGGCAGCACUUUGAAUCCAAUUACAAGCUAAGCAUGCAAUAUAAUUAACAAAUAUUUCUCGACACUGCAACUUGAACUUUUGUGUUGCCUGCCUCGUCCUUGCCUUCGUUUCCCUCCAAAAUUUCAUAG